UGAUCUCAGAUAUCAUUCUGCUCAAGCUGUGUUUGUGUGCAACAAAAUGGCAGAGGCCAUUUUAAAAGACCAAGAUCCGUUCUUUUGUUCAAUAUGCUUGGAUCUACUAAAGGAUCCAGUGACUAUACAUUGUGGACAUAGCUACUGUAUGGGUUGUAUCAACGGCUGCUGGGAUCAGGAUGAUCUGAAAGGAGUCUACAGCUGUCCCCAGUGCAGACAUACCUUCACCCCAAGGCCUGUUCUGAACAGGAGCACUGUCUUGGUUGAAGUGGUGGAGAAACUGAAGAGGACAGGACCUCAAGCGUCACCUGCUCACUGUUAUGCUGGACCUGAAGAUGUGGAGUGUGAUGUCUGCACUGGGAGAAAACACAAAGCUGUCAAGUACUGUCUGGUGUGUCUUGUCUCAUACUGCGAGACUCAUCUCCAGCCUCAUUAUGACUCGCUUGCCUUUAAGAAGCACAAGCUGGUCAAAGCCUCCACACAACGACAGGAGAAGAUCUGCCCUCAUCAUGACAAACUGCUGGAGGUUUACUGCUGUACUGAUCGGCAGUGUAUCUGUCUGCUGUGUGUGAUGGAUGAACAUAAAGGCCAUGAUACGGUGUCAGUUGCAGCAGAAAGGACUGAGAAACAGAAACAGUUGGGUAAAAUACAGCAGCAGUACCACCAGAGAAUCCAGGAGAUGGAGAAGGAGGUACAGGAGCUUAGGCAGGCUGUGAAAACACUCACGCGCUCUGCACAGGUGACAGUGGAUGCGACUGACAGGAUCUUUAUUGAGCUGAUCCGCUCCAUUGAGCGAAGGCGUUCUGAGGUGAAGGAGCUGAUCAGAGCUCAGGAGAGGAUUGCAGGGAGUCGGGUUCAGGGACUCCUGGACCGACUAGAUCAGGAAGUCACUGAGAUGAAGAGAAGAGAUGCUGAGCUCAGGCAGCUCUCAAACACAGAGGAUCACAUCUAUUUCCUUCAGAGUUUCCAGUCACUCUCUGUCCCUCCUGCUUCUGAGGCCCUACCCAGCCCCACUUUCAAUCCACACAUUUCUUUUGAACGUGUGAAGAAAUUGGUUUCUGGACUGAAAGUGCAACUGGAUGGUAUCUGCAAGGAGGAAAUAGACAAGAUAUCUGAAAAUGUGAUGAAAGUGCAAAUUGUUCGACCUCUGGAGCCCAAGACCAGAGAGGAGUUCUUAGAAUAUUCCUACGAACUCACGGUGGAUCCCAACACAGCAUGUGGAACACUGCAUCUUUCUGAGAAGAACAGCAAGGUGACAUGGAGUGAAGGGGAGACUCAAGCCUAUCCUGAUCAUCCAGACAGAUUUACCCACUAUGACCAAGUGCUGUGUAGAGAGGGUUUAUCUGGAAACUGCUACUGGGAGGCUGAGCUUCGAGGCUGGAUUACUGUGGCAGUCUCAUAUGUGGCUCUUGUGAGGAAAGGAGAGGGUAAUGAGUGUAGGUUUGGAGGUAAUGAUCAGUCUUGGAGUUUGGAAUGCUCUCCCACCAGUUGUUCUUUCCUUCAUGAUAAUGUUAAGACUAAAAUACGAUCCCAUUGCACCUCCAGAGUAGGAGUGUACCUGGACUACAAGGCAGGAACUCUGUCCUUUUAUAGCAUUUCAAAAAAAGUGACCCUCCUCCACAGAGUGAAUAACACAUUCACUGAACCCCUCUAUCCUGGGUUUGGGGUUGGUUUGGAAUCAUCUGUGAGGAUAAUGCUUCCCAUGCAGUCAACAUGAUUUUUCUGUGUUUUAUAUAUAUUUCCACACUAUGAGGUUAGAAUAAUACUGUGAAAUUGUGAACUGCAUCUCAUUGCGAGGCGUCACUACAGACCCUGGUUCAUUUCUAGGCUGUAUC